AUGCUCUCUGCACCUUGGCGCAGGCUGGCACUACGAGCCAAGCCAGUCUCAAGUGCUGUGCCCAAGACCUCCCGAAUCCUCCUCGGCCGCAACCUCAAUAAGUUGUCAAACACCACGACCUUGCGAUAUUCUUCUACUGCCGGGAAUGUCACCAGGGAAAUUGUGAGCCAGGCUUUGCGGUCCAUCGGAUCUAAAAGGGAGUCCCAGCAAUGGCUUAAGCUUUUCAGUUCUGCCCAGACCUUCUGUGUGCUGAAAGUAGGCGGUGCUAUAAUCCAAGAGAACCUUGAAGAUCUUUGCCGCAGCUUGCUGUUCCUGAGUGAGCUGGGAUUGAGUCCGGUGCUGGUGCACGGCGCGGGGCCGCAGCUGAACCGCUUGCUCGAGGAGGCUGGCAUCGAGCCUCAAUUUUCAGAGGGCAUACGCAUCACCGACGCCAAGACCCUUGGUAUUGCCCGCAAGCUGUUUCUUGAGGAGAACCUCAAGCUUACAGAUAAACUUGACCAGCUUGGUGUUGCCACUAGGUCCCUCAGCGGUGUCUUUAUGGCUGAUUACCUUGAUAAAGAGAAAUGGGGCUAUGUUGGCAAGAUCACAAAAGUCAAUUCCGCCCCAAUCACACAUGCCCUUAAAGCCGGCUAUUUACCUAUAAUGACAUCCCUAGCAGAGUCCGAGGAUGGGAGACUUCUUAACGUGAACGCAGAUGUUGCUGCUGCUGAACUCGCUCGCGCCCUUGAACCCCUCAAGGUAGUGUACCUAUCUGAAAAGGGGGGGUUAUUUAAUGGUAGUGGCAGCAAAAUAUCUCAGAUUAACCUUGAUGAGGAGUACGACGAUCUCAUGUCUCAGCCAUGGUGUAGAUACGGAACUCGUCUAAAGAUUAAGGAGAGUAAAGAACUCCUCGAUACUCUUCCACAAAGCUCUAGUGUCACUAUCAUUCACCCUAGUGAUCUUUUAAAAGAGUUGUUUACUAACUCUGGAGCUGGUACCUUGAUUCGUCGUGGAGACAAGAUUCAAAAGGUAUCCUCACUUGAUGAAUUUCAAGAUCUUAACAGAAUUAGAGAGAUCCUUACUGGGGACUAUAAAGAUCCCAACACCAAGGCUACAGUGGAUCGCUUCAUGGAGCUUCUUGCAGCAAACCCCUUUACGGCUUACUAUGAUGAUAGCAUGUCAUGUCUUGCCAUCGUCCUUCCACCUUCUGCAAACAGGCCUAUAGCUACUCUAGCUACCCUUAAUAUUACCAAGUCCGGAUGGCUUAGUAAUGUGGUUGAGAACGUCUUUUCGGCUAUAAGAAAGGAUCACCCUUCUCUCUACUGGAUAGUUUCUGAAGCAGAUGAGAAUCUGACUUGGUUCUUUGACAAGUCUGAUGGCAGCUUCAACACCAAUGGUAGCGUCUUCUUCUACUACGGAUGCGAAAUGGACUCGAAUGCUCUGGCUUCCAUCUUUCAGGACUUCGUCUCUCAUGGACAUGCUGUAAUAGGUGAUUCCAACAUCGAGUCUCAACUUGGCCGCGUUGCAUAG